AGCUGAUUCUCCUUGUUCAUUUUCCGAUUCAAAUGCAACUUUAUUCUAUUUACAAUGAAAUGGUGUUUCAGAUGACAAAAUUGAACUUCAUCAUAUUCAUCAGUCUGUGCAUAGUCAAUUUUGAAGCGAUUGAAUCAGAUGAAAUUACCUAUAACAUAGAGGUUGAUAAAUCAGGUAAAAAACAGGUUAUAGAAUUAGAGGGGGGCACAUUCACUUUGAAUGAUGAAUACGAAGUUAUUGUGCAAGGUUCUAGCUGUACAUGGAGAGUUGACAUGAAGAAAGCAACUCAGGUUGAGGAAGUAAAACGAGGAGGAACUCGUAAUGGUUCUCUGAUGUGUAAUGGCUGGGAUAUUCAUCACCCCAACAUGCCAAUACCUGAUACGAUAAUACUAGAGUCAGCACAUGGAGUAUGACCGUGCAAAACAGUAUCGGAGAUGCAGAGAAAAUGGCAAAAUUACAAAUAAUAACUAUAGUAGAACUCAACAAAAGUUUCAAAUGUGUUUAUUCAAAAACUCUUCUCAUAUGUUAGUAAAACUGGAUACGCUUUGUUUUCUGAAUACUGAGUAUUUGUCUUCCUCUUUCUGUAGAUUAGAUCUUCUUCAAUAAAUGCAUAUUCAAGAC